AUGCCGGCAGAAGACAGCCGCCCUCGAAUAUGCAUCGUUGGUGGGGGGCUCAGCGGUUUGGCAGCGGCUUACUUCCUGCAGCAGCAGCCGACGUUACAGCACGCGCACAUACGGCUGAUAGAAGCGCAGCAGGAGCUGGGGGGUACGUAUACUCGGACGGAAUUAGCGCAUGCAGGUGUGCUGGUGAAGCUGCUAGCCCAGCUGCAGGAGCAGAACCAGCAGCACCAAGCAAAAACAGUCACUGAUGCAGCUCCUGGAGCUGCUGCAACAUCUCCUAAACCCGGCAAACAGCCUAACCAACUCCCGUCUCUGCUGCAGCAGAUAGUGCAGCAACGGCUGCUCUCAACGCGCCACCUCUCUGUCGCGCCCAAGGCGCUGAGUGAGGGUAGCAUCAGCAGCAGCAGUAGCAUCAGCAGCAGAAGCUCUGAUCCUGGGGUAGCACCAGCGGGCGUUUCAUUUGGUGCUGACAGUGCAUGCAUUGCGCUGGAAUUUGGGGCAGGAUGCCCCCACCUGCUUGCUCCUGGAGGAGGACAUCUGCUGCAGCUUCUGCAGCGGGUGCUGCCGCCUUCGCAGCUGGCUGUGGCAAACCGAUCAGCCGCUUCUGUUUUUUCGCUUCCAGCUAACAGCAGCGCCAGCAGCAACAGCAGCAGCUGGCUGGCUCGGGGACGCCCCUGGCUGUCUGUCUUAAGAAAGCUCCUUCGGUGGCUACCUUUGAAGGGAAGGGGAGCCCGAUCUGAGUGGAGCCGCCCUGGCUUCUGUCGGACGAAUCUGCUGCGGUGUUUGUUUGCUUGUUUUCACGAGAUUUUCUUAGGGCAGCAAUCAAUUUUUAACGACGAGAAAGGGCCAAGGAGACGGAUGAAUGUCGGAAGAAACGCAGAUCUUUCUGUGGCUUCCUUUGCUGAGCUGCACUCCAGCAGGUCCUUCGCAGCUGAUUUGAUCCUGCCACCCUUCAGCGCAUGCACCUGGGGAGCUCAGCCUGAGGGCCUCUCCGCUCGAGCCUACCUCCCUCGCGGGUGGCUAAUGCAUGAGCAGUACGGUUCGUUGCUGCGCGGCUGCUUAGCUGAGCGCCGUUUAUCAAGAGUUUUCACCAGCAACAGCGGCUGCUGCUACACCUCUGCCGACGCUGCAAGCCUAGCGGCAUCUGAAAGCGAAACUGAAGGCCCUCGCCUGAUACCCGUAGAGGGCUGCAAAGCGUUUCAACGGGGACACCAGGCACCGCACCAAAUAGUGGCAGAAGGCGCAGGGUUGUUCUCGCCAGUUGGAGGCAUGAGACAGGUGGUGGCAGCCCUGGCCAGACAUAUCUGCGCUCCUCCUGAAGGCAGGCCUCCCGUGUCUGUGGAGUUGGGCUGCCGGGUGCAACGGCUGGAGCCGCUGCAUUCAGACUCUUGCAGCAGCAGAGGCAAUGCGUUAGAUGCUUCGGAUGGCGCAGCUGCAGUCAUUUGCGCUGAGGGGCGCCGGUUCCUUGCGGAUUUGGUGAUUUGUGCGCUGCACCCUUUUGAUUUGAGCCUUCUUUUGAAGGCCUCUUCAGCAGGAGGAGAGCAGUGCAGGGGAAAACACCCAGAACGUGCUUCCCAGGCACAUCAGCAACGAGUAGUAUCCAGCAGGACUCCUUCAAGCGCACGCAAACUCUGCAAUUUCUUCGCAUCCCUUCCUUCUGCCUCUUAUAUUACGGUGCAUGCAUUCGGCUCAAAACCUUCAGACCGGGCUGCUGCGUUGGGCAGAGGUUGCUUCUACGGACCCUCGAAGGGGAUAAGAGCAGAACCAGCAGCAUCAUCCCCCGUAGCAGCAGCUGCUGCUGCUGCCUCCACAGGUAGUUGUAGGGCUGCCGAAGCGUUGGCUGGGCUCGAAGCGGCCCUAAAGGCAGCGCAGGAGGCAGUAGCAGUGACGGAGCUGCAGUUUCCAGGAAACGUCUUCCCCCACGUACAAGCGAAGGCCUUGGCAGCUGCAGGUCGCUCCGAUAUAAGCAGUUUCAAGUGUAUCAACAAGCCUCUGUUGCUGCAUGCGCAAGCAGCAGUCAGCGUGAAACAUGUCGAGACUCUCCUCCACCAAAUGCAGCAGUUGCUCAUGCCCCUGCAGCUCCUGCUGCAGCCCGGCUUAGAACCACCCGUAAAGCGAGAGGAACAGAAGCACCGGAUGAGUGCGAUGCAGCAGCAGGAGGCGGCAUCAACAGCGGCGAGCCUGCGCGCGUUGGGUCUGUUGCUGGGCGCAGCAGAAGAGGCAGUAGACAAGGCGCUGCAGCGUGAAGGAAUAACAGAAUCUUCAGACAGGCUGGUAAUGUGCUCUCGGCUGUCUCUGCAGGCUGAGCCGCAAUGGCCUCUAGUUCUAGAAAAGGGCACGGGUGGAAGGGCCAACACUGCUGGUGCGCAGCAGCGCCACCAGCUGCUGCAGCUGCUGCGGCAAUUCGACCAACUGCGCAGCAACCACUGGAGAGGCACCGCAGCACUGCAUGCUGUUUCCAGUCAUGUGCCGCUUCAACUUGUCCAAGCAGACACCUACCAACAGGCACCCACCCAGGGUGCCCGUCUGAGGGUCGCCCCGAGGGCCCGUGAGGGGGGCCAUCAGGUUGCCCAGGAAGGCCUGGCAGGUGUUUACUCAGAGCAGCAGGUGGAGGAUUCUGGAUAUGCUUUGGGUGGAGACUUGUUUGUUGAAUCUCGAGAGGACUUUCAUCGGCAGAGGGUGCAGACAAUGCCGUGGCUGCAAGUGUGUCAGUGUCAGUGUCUGUGUCUGUGUCUGUAUGUCUAUGAGCGUCUAGGUGUGUCUAUAUGUGUCUAUGUGUGUUGCAUGUGGGCUACAGUGAAUGGGGCACGGGAGCCCGAGUCAAGGACGCUGCUAUACUUGCUAACCAAAUCGGGAGGCGGUACGCUGCAGGCAUUCGCUGCUUUCCCUCACGUGCGGCCCGAGCACGCUUGUGAAUACAUCGCUCGCCUCCAAGGCGGAAGGAACGAGAGCAGCAGCGGCAGCAGCGGCAACAUCAGCAGCAGCGGCAGCAUGGGCAGCAGCGGCAGCAACAGCAACAGCAGCAGCCUCAGCAAGGGCAGUAGCAGAAAGGGCGCGACUCCAAGUGGGACUCCUGAGGUGAAUCGAUCAACCGUCAGCCUUGGCCCUUUUUCUUGUUCAGCUGGAGAGGGCAUGGAAGGAGGCGCCCUGCCAAAUCAUUAG